AUGACCAUCAUGGCCUCCCUCGAGGAUUCUCUCUCCCCGCUGAUUCAGAAAUGGCUCGAGUGGGACCAGGAUCCCACGACCCGCUCGGAAAUCGAGCAGCUUCGGGACUCGAGGCAGGCCGCUGAGCUGGAAAAGCGCCUUCGCAAACGCAUCCAGUUUGGCACCGCCGGCCUGCGCGGCCGCAUGGCUGCCGGUUUCUCGUGCAUGAAUUCCCUAACCGUGAUCCAGGCGUCGCAAGGCCUGGCCAAGUACUUGCGGGAUAACUAUGGCGACCUCACCUCGCGCGGGGUGAUCAUCGGCCAUGACGCCCGUACCAAUUCUGCCAAAUUCGCGGUUUUGGCCGCCAAUGCAUUCAUCGCACAGGAAAUUCCAGUCUGGUUCUUCUCAGGGCCUGCGGUUACCCCCGCUGUGCCCUUUGCCGUGACCGAUAUGCGCGCCCUUGCCGGCGUCAUGGUCACAGCAAGCCAUAACCCAGCGCAAGAUAAUGGCUACAAAGUUUACUUCAAAAAUGGCUGCCAGAUCAAUUCUCCCAUGGAUAGGGAGAUAUCCGAUUCGAUCGAGCGGAAUCUUAAACCAUGGGCAGAUGCCUGGACCGAGUCACCACCAGCCGGCGAUUACUUCCGCCCGAAAGCCUACGAACAGCUACUGCCACGCUAUACCACUCGAGUUUGGCAUUAUUCGAAAUCCACCGUUCAACAUUGGAGGCACCCAAAGCCGUUUGUCUACACUCCCUUACAUGGCGUUGGAGGGCUAGUGCUCCCCGAUCUGUGCCGUUCAUUGGGUAUUACCGACUUCACCACAGUUGCGGAACAAACGACACCAGAUCCAAACUUCCCAACGCUACCAUUCCCAAACCCUGAGGAAACCGGAGCGCUAGAUCUCGCGGUGGAAACAGCAGAUCGGGAAGGUAAAACCCUAAUUAUUGCUAACGAUCCAGAUGCCGAUAGGUUUGCUGCAGCUGAGAAGGUUGACGGCUCUUGGUUUUUCUUCACCGGAAAUCAUAUGGGAGCGCUUCUAGCGUCCCACCUGUUCGACUCACUUGAGAAUAUCGAUACCGAUACACGAGUUGCGGUUCUAAACUCGGCCGUCUCCUCGACCAUGCUUGAGAAAAUGGCAACGGCUAGGAAUAUCUAUUUCGAGGAAUCCCUAACAGGCUUCAAGUGGAUGGGCAACACGUCACGGAACUUAGAGGAGUCAGGAUACUACGUUACAUUCGCAUUUGAGGAGGCCCUUGGCUACAUGUUCCCCGAGGUUUGCUACGACAAAGACGGUAUUACAGCGGCUAUGAUCUUCUUGUCAGCACAAGCACGAUGGGCCACGCAGGGCCUGACCCCUUACACCAAACUGCAGAAGUUGUUCGACGAAUUUGGACACCACGAGACACUCAACAAUUACUUCCGGUCGCCCAACCCUGAAACCAGUCUAGCAAUGUUCGACGCUGUAAGAUCUGGCCCGUUCAAAUCAGAAAUGAAACUAGGGUCGUUCAAAAUCCUUCGAUGGCGAGAUAUGACAGAAGGCUUUGACUCGGGCACACCAGACAAGAAGCCCCAACUUCCUGCAGAUAAGAGCAGCCAAAUGUUGACUCUGUGGCUUGACCGCGAAGUACGAUUCACAAUUCGAGCAUCAGGCACAGAAGCCAAGGUCAAAUACUACAUCGAGAGCUGUGGCUCCUCUCGCCAGCAGGCCACAGAUGCUGUCUGUGACACCCUGCGGACAGUCAUCAAAGAAUGGAUUCAGCCGUUCGCCCCGCUGUUGACAUACAACAAACAGCUGUCAACAUCUUCAGGCCAUGUUCUCCGACUUGAUUAA